AUGAACCCUAAGAAGGUUGAUGGUGUAUCGGAGGCGGUUUAUAGGGAUUAUGCAUAUUAUGUUGUGAGGAAAUUUACCAACAUGCCUCCAAGAGUAAGAGGACGAGGCAAGGGUCCCAUGCGUGGAGGACCCUCAUCAGCUGGACCAUCACACAGACGCACUCCAUCGACGUCCCUAUCCUCCUCCAACUCUCACGAUAUGUGGGGUCAACCUUACGAGCCGGCAAGACACUCAGUCUCGCUAAGCUCUUCGCCUUCUUUUCAUCCGUCUUUCGGGCCGUUUGCUCCAAACGAGCCCGAACACUCUCACCACUCUCAACAAUCUCACCAUUCGCAUGAGUCUUACCCAUCUCAUAACUCUUUGCUUUCCCAUUCGUUUCAUCAUUCUGACUCCCCCUACUCCCAGGGACAGUUCAACCCAGCCGAUUAUGUUAACGAUUUUCUUGGCUACAACCCAUUGGGCCCUGAGGACCAUUUCUCUCAGGAGAUGGAAAUGGAUGACGACCCCGAUCCGGAGAUGCAAACAGGAACCCCGGGCCACCCAAUCAGCAUAUCGAGUGGAUCCCCAUUUCAGGGAUCACCAUACCAUGGGCCCGACUCCUUUCCAGCCCAACCACCUUUGGAAGAACCUCAACUCCAAGCUGUCUCACCACCACCACUCCCGCUAGAGGAGCCACCGCAGCCACCUCCCGAGCCUCCGAGGCGAAGGAGGAACGCACGCAUGUCCGUAAGAGGAGGACCCCGUCUCAGUUCUCCUCAUGGUUCGAGUUCCUAUCCCCCUAUUCCAGAGGACCCCCAGAUGGGUGGGCCCUCAAACGCGGCACCGGAGGCUAAUCCUCCGCAAGCUUCUUAUGCACCACCUCAGCCGCCUGUGGGUUUUGAUAACCCAAUCCUGACGUACCCAGUUCCUUUCGGGUAUAAUCCUUAUGAGAACCCAUCAGGGUACCCCUCGGACUAUGUAUCUCAAGACUCGUACCUUACGGUUGCGCAGUAUCACCACCUCUAUCCUUCUACUUACCCUCCUAUGCAUCCAGCUGGAUACCUGGUUCAGGGUUACCAGUACCCGCCGUACCAGCCACCUCCUCCCCAGCAGCUACAGCAACAACAACAAACUCAAGAAAUUCUAGAGAGGCUAGAUAAGGUUGAGAACAAGGCUAGGAAGAACAAGGAAAGGCAUACUAGUUUCAUGAAAGGCCUUGCGAACCUUAUCAAGGGGAAGAAGAAGUAG